UAUCUCUAAAAAAAAUUUAAAUUGUUUACAAUAUAAAAGUAGAGUUCAUAAGAAUCUAAUUUACGCUGGAUAAAAAACAAUGCACUACUUUACCAUAAGAUUGUAAUAAAAUACACCACUUUUUUACACACUCUUAUUUUCCAAAUGUACACUCACUCCUAUAGUAUAGGCGCAUUUUAGCCUAACUUCCAAAUCCCAUUAGAGAGAAAGAGAGUAUUAUUUAAUAUUUCCUUUUAUCUGUCUCUCUCUCUCUCUCUAUCUUCCAUUUUCAUCGGUUACAUUAUUAUAGCCUUUUAGCUUAAAAAGAAAAGAGCUUUCAUUUCAUUUUUCAUUGUCAUUAAUUUUCUUUUAAAAACAUUUUAUUUUGAAUAAAAUUAGUAUAGUUGGACUUGUUGUCAUUGAUUUUGUUUCACUUGAACCUUUUUCUAGUCUUUCUUUACACCCAAUUCCUCUGUUUCUUCUCUGUCUUUCUUCCCACCCCAUCUCCUUUAUUCUUCCUCAUAUUUAACUUCCAUUUUUGUAUUCUUUCUUUCCCAAAGAAAAGAAGAAAUUUUUAUUCAAAGAAAAAAAAAAGUGGAACUGGGUUUGUUGCUUAAGGGAAGAAAGAAUCAUUUUUCAGGUUCAGAUCUAGCUGAGCUUGAGUUUGUUUAUGAUAAUGGAGACAUACCCAAAUGCCUAUUUUGGUUUUCUUGGCUCCUCUUUCUCUCUCUUAUUGACUUGAAAAAAAAGAAAAAACCCAUUUCUUGUUUUCUCUUCUUUUGAGCUUUUUUGUUAAGCCUUUCUUUCUUCUUCUUCUUCUAUUUUUUCUUGGGUUUUGUCAACUUGGGUUCUCUUCAGUUUAGAGAGAGAAAGAGAGAUCUGUGAAAGAAAGAGAAAAAUGUUGGCUUUAGGGAGUCCUACCAUGGGUGUCCGUACAAAUACUACUUGCAAUGUUUUACUCAGAGAGCUUCAGCAAAUAUGGAACGACAUUGGCGAGACUGAAGCAGACCAAGAUCGAAUGCUACUCGAGCUAGAGAGAGAAUGCUUAGAUGUUUACCGGCGGAAGGUUGAUGAAGCUGCCAAUUGCAAGGCACGACUUCAUCAAUCGGUUGCUGCCAAGGAAGCUGAGCUUGCAACUCUCGUGGCUUCUCUUGGAGAACUCAAUAUUCAAUCCCCGAUUCAGGCAGAGAAGAGGUCGAAAUCAUUAAAAGAAAAACUUUCAUCUGUGGCGCCACUGGUGGAAGAUCUAAAAAUGAAAAAGGAGGAAAGGAUGAAGCAAUUUUCAGAUAUAAAGACACAAAUUGAGAAGAUCAGUGGAGAGAUUUCUGGAUACAGUCAUAUCGACAAUACAGCAAUCGGUUCAUUAUCCUUGGAUGAACAAGAUUUAUCUCUAAGAAAGCUAACCGAAUUUCAAACUCAUCUUCGUAGUCUUCAAAAGGAAAAGUCUGAUCGUCUUCACAAGGUUUUGGAGCAUGUCAAUGAGGUCCAUUCUCUCUGUGCGGUGCUUAAUUUGGAUUUUGGGCAAACUGUAAGUGAGGUGCAUCCGAGCUUGCAUGGGACGAGCAUAGAACAGUCGACAAACAUCAGCAAUAGCACAUUGGAAGGGUUGGAACUGACCAUUCUCAAAUUGAAAACAGAAAGAAAAGUGAGAAUACAGAAGCUGAAAGAUAUUGUGGCGUCGUUGUCUGAACUUUGGAACUUGAUGGAUUCAUCAAGAGAAGAAAAGAAUAACUUUUCGAGGAUUGCUUUUAUCCUUGGAAAAUCAGAAACAGAAAUUACAGAACAAGGUUUUCUUUCAAUGGAGAUCAUUGAUCAGGCAUCACAAGAAGUUGAGAGGCUCACUAAAUUAAAAGCAAGCAGAAUGAAGGAACUUGUUAUUAAAAAGAGAUCGGAAUUGGAAGAAAUAUGCCGAAUGACUCAUAUUGAGCCUGAUACUAGCACAGCUAUCGAAAAAUCAACUGCAAUGAUAGAUUCAGGUCUGGUAGAUCCAUCCGAACUUCUCGCAAACAUUGAAGCGCAGAUACUUAAAGCUAAAGAAGAGGCUAUAAGCCGAAAGGAAAUAAUGGAUAGGAUUGACCGGUGGCUCGCUGCAUGUGAAGAAGAAAAUUGGCUUGAAGAAUAUAGCCUAGACCACAACCGGUACAGUGCUGGACGAGGUGCUCACAUAAACCUUAAACGUGCAGAACGAGCACGAGUUACAGUAACCAAAAUACCAGCCAUGGUGGAUAACUUGAUAAACAGAACUUUGUCAUGGGAAGAUGAAAGGAAAAAAUUAUUUCUUUAUGACGGGGCAAGGUUGGUAUCAAUACUGGAGGAUUACAAACUCAGCAGACAACAGAAAGAAGAAGAGAAGAAGAGAUACAGGGACCAAAAGAAGCUCCAAGAUCUGCUCCUUACAGAAAAGGAAUCAAUAUAUGGAUCUAAACCAAGUCCUAGGAAAACUAACAGCUUUCGGAAGCCAAAUGGGUACCGUGCAAAUGGUAAUGGCUCAAUGACAACUACACCUCGUCGAAGCUCAGUUGGCAGUGCAACUCCUGAACUCAUGACACCCCGGUCCUAUUCUGGUCGCCAAAAUGGUUACUUCAAGGAAAUGAGAAGAUUGUCUACAGCGCCAUUGAACUAUGUGGCCAUAACUAAAGAGGACACAAUGUCUUUUGCAUCUGUAUGUGGGUCUGAGCUAGGAUCUCCUCCGCAUGGUUGAACUUUAAAUUUAAAAUCGGAACAGGCAGCUGUUUACACGCUAGAGGAUAGUACACACAAUUAAAGCAGCAGAAACUUUGUGAAUAUGGAUGGAACUGUACACUAUGAUUGUAAUUUGUUAGGAUUACACGGGGGAGACGAAGACGAGGAUGGUAGCUAACAAUUCGAGCACAUAAAAAUUUCGAUCUUGGCUGGUUGGAAGAAAUUUACUCUGGAAAAAGAUGGUGUCAUUGGUAGUAGUAGAUUUACAUUUUGAAAGAUGUUUUAUAGUAGUGCUGACCAUGUACAACCCAAUAACACUUGAUGGAUUUUGCUUUUGUUUGUUGUUUUUCAUGAAUUCUUGUGUAUAUAUAUAUGUAUACCUGAGUGAAUAUUAUCAUUUUAUGUGGGCAACUUUGGUGGUCUUUAGAGAGAAAGAGAUGCUUAACUUUUGUUUGUUGUUUC